UACCAAGACGCUGUGACAGCAGUUCAUUACAACGCCGAAGUAUCUCUUCGACACAGAGUACACAGUACAACAGUUUUUGAAGCGCGAUUCUUUGGAAAAUGCCAAGGCUUCUUCGUAGAGAGUCGUACAGUCGGUCGGACGUACCUCAUAUUUUGGACAACAAAGUAUUUGAUUUCACAAGCGAGGUUCCUCCUGACUACAAGUGUCCGUUGUGUCACAGUCUUUUGCGAGAUCCCAUCCAACUCAACACUUGUGGACAUCGGUUUUGUAACAGUUGUUAUUUACGACACCUUGGCAAUGGAUCCAGUAAGCUUUGCCCGAUUGACCGAAAAUCAUUCAAAGAAAGCGAGGUUUUCCAGGAUCGAGCGUGGCGCAACACAAUCAUGUCCCUUCGAGUGCGAUGCAAAUUCAAAAGCUGUCCUUGGACUGGCACGUUGAAUUCACUUUUGGAGGACCACGCUGAAGAAUGCGAAUAUGAAGACGUGAAAUGCCCUGAUCCCAACUGUAAUGUUGUGAUGGCGCGUAGCCGAAUUGAAAAUCAUCAGGCCAGAGAAUGUCAAUGGCGUGUUGUCGUCUGUGAUUACUGUGAGGAUAAAUACGCCGUUUGCAAAGAAGAGGUUCAUAAAGCUACGUGCCGUGGAGUACCAGAGAAAUGCCUUAAUGGUUGUUCAUCGAGAACUAUACCUCGUGGACAGAUGAGAAAACAUGUCGAAAAUGAAUGUCCGCUGACUAUAUUGCCAUGUCAGUACAGGCACGUUGGCUGCGAUGACGAGAUCCUUCGUCAUCAAAUGCAAGAUCAUCUUGAUAAGAACCUUCAGAAGCAUUUGGAUCAUGCUUGUGGCAAAAUACGUGAGAUGGGCGCUGACUUACGAGAAAAGACUUUGCAACUGAACCAGCAUUCCGAGAAACUGGCGAUUUUGGCUGCAGAGCAGGCUCGCAACAUGACUGGUAAUGGAACAAUCGUUUGGGUUAUCGACAACUUUGAGAUACGUUUCCGUCAAGCAGUAAACGGAAUUGAGCCGAUAUUGCAGAGUGAAGCGGCUCUUACCGGCCCGUUUGGCUAUAAAUUCCGUUCCUUAGUCUACCUGAACGGCGAUGCAAAGGCUAAAGGUUCCUGUAUAUCCGUAUACAUCCAGCUCUUGAAGGGAGAUCAUGACUCACUCCUUCGUUGGCCCUUCCAACAGGAAGUGAAAUUCACGCUUAUCGACCAGCAAAACGACCAUGAUGAACGCAAAAAUAUCGUCAAAGUCCUCGCACCGGCUGGCAACAACGAAGGCAUCGUGAAUUUCCAGCGACCAAUCAAAAGUUGCAAUACUGGCCGCGGUUAUGCCAAGUUUGUUCCGCAUGACGUCAUACGCACGCGUAGAUACAUUCGCGAUGACGUCAUGUUCCUGAAGAUCGAAGUCGAGCCCACUGUGUCGGUGUAAAACUUCAUGACUUUUCCUCUUAUAAUGCGAUGUUAUUUUUACAAUGUCACCAGUUGAUAUAUUUUCGAAGUGUUACCGUCUGAAGCACAUUUUAUUUCACAAUACGUGCAUGCAUACAGUAAUAAUGCGACUUUGUCUACUGGAUUUUUGCUUUGUAUUUAAGGCAUGUUAGAUAUUUGUUCAGCGGCAGUUUCUUCUUUUGAUGUAUGCAGUCAUAUACUCUGUGUGUGAUUACCCUUAUUCGAAAAUUCGUAACUUAUCGACCACAUCUAUGAAAAGAAAAAAAUUGCACCUAAAACUCUCAGCAAAAAUUAUCCGUGAAACUGGUAUAGAAAAAGCUAAGAAAGCAGAUCAAAACUUUUGCCCACAGAUAGUUCUGAAAGUUAUCCAGUCACCGUUAUCAAUUAUUUUUGAGAGUAGUUUUCUUAUCAAUGCCAUCUUUGUAUAAUAUUAUUGUUAAGAAUAGGAAGACGCCAUUACCGUUGAUGAGAUAGAUAAUAAAUAAAGGUCAGUUCCUAGCUGUUCGUCGUAAUUUGGGCGGUUGAUCUGACAGAAUGCGAAGGGGCGAAAAUGAUUUUUAAUUAAAAAUUACAGCCACAUGGGAACAGGUCUUCUUUGUUCUCACCCAGUAGUUGUAUUAUAAAUAUUAAAUAAAGGCAUUUCA